AUGGUAGAAGAUGCGAAUGACAACCCGCCAGUGUUCCCCCAGAAAUCAUACUCCGUGACUGUAAAAGAGAAUGAGCCUCCACAUGUGAUUGUGAGUGCAACAGCUACAGAUGAAGAUAUAGGGCCCAAUGCCAUUAUUCAGUACACCAUAAUUGGAGAGGCGGCUUCUUUUCAUGUUGGAGAACUUUCUGGAAAUAUUACAACUCUUCAACCUCUGGACUAUGAAAGUCGUUCCCAGUAUACAUUUAUUCUGAAAGCUUUCAAUCCUGAAGAGCCAUAUCCCCAGGACACAGCAAACAUUACAGUUACCGUGGAAGACGUUAAUGAAGAAGGACCCAUAUUUGACAAGCCCUCGUAUCACUGGAUCCUUCUAGACAAUUCUACAGCUGGCACACUGGUAGUAGACAUCAAUGCAAGAGAUGAAAGCAAGGAUUAUGAUGAAGGCAUUUUCUACAAUAUCUCAGGUGGAAACUCAGAAGGCCUCUUCAGUCUUUCCAGCACCACAGGAGAACUCACGUUAACAAGAGACUUAUCCAAACAGACUGAUCCCCUGUAUUACUCCUUGAUGGUCACCGCUACAGAUUUGGGUCUGCCACCUCUUUCAACUUCUGUAAAGGUGUCAAUAACAAUAGCUCCCAUCGACUUUUCCUUCCCGGUGUUCUCUGAAGCAGUCUAUCGGCCUGCCCCUCUGAGUGAGAAGGCGCCGCCAGAUACAUUUGUUGUACAGAUCAGUGCAUUGCAUAAAGUCCCUGUGAUAUACAGUAUUGUAUCUGGAGACGAAAAGGGGUAUUUCACUAUCAGUUCAUCCACUGGUAUCAUAAGGACAAGAAAAAAUUUGACCCUGGAAGAUUUUCCAGUCGUUUUCAAUGUGCAAGCAAUAGAUUCAUCUAAUGCUAGCAUAUUUAAUGAAGUUUCUGUGAAUGUGGAAGUUAUCGAUGAAAAUGAUUUCCCUCCGGUUUUCCCAUCGCCUCUACUAGAACAAAGAUUGAAAGAGAAUUUACCUGCUACUCAGAUUGUCCAGCUGAAUGCUCAGGAUAAUGAUGCAGGCAGAAAUGGUAUCCUAACAUAUGGCAUUCUCAGUGGUGGACCAAAAUUCAGGAUAGAUGAAGCAACUGGAAUUCUGUAUUCCACUGUCUCCUUUGAUUAUGAAGAGGAACCUACAGAGUAUCAGGUAGUCAUAUAUGCGGAAGAUGAUGGAAUCCCUGAGAAGAAAAGAGGAUACUGCACAGUUGUCAUAAAGAUCAUUGAUGUUAACGACUGUCCACCUGUCUUUGAUCCAGUGACUGAAUUUAGUGUAAAUGAAAAUGCACCUGUGGGAUUCAUAGUUGGAAAAAUGACAGCAACAGACAGAGACACAGGAGACAAUGCCUUUGUUCUGUAUAGCCUUACAGGUGAUGGAGGAAAUACAUUUGAAAUAGAUGAAAUACAUGGCAACAUUAAGAUAAAGAACUCUCCAGACUAUGAAACCAUGAACAAAUACAACCUUACAGUGAAUGCAGUCAACAAUAAAUCUGCCCCUUUCCAUCAGGCAACUACUUACGUCACUGUUCUAGUGAUUGAUGUGAAUGAUAAUGCUCCAGUAUUUGCUCAGAAUUCCUAUUCCGCUUCUAUAAACAUGAUUAAUCCUGUAGGUGCUCAUGUCAUAACUGUGAGCGCUACCGACAAAGAUCAGGGACAAAAUGGCCUUAUCGAGUACUACAUCCUCCCUGAUCUAAACUUCAGCUCCUUCUUCCUGAUAGAAGAUACGAGCGAGGGGAAAAUAAUUACAACUGGAAGCCUGUCUAGAUCUGGAGAGAUCCGUUUAACAGUGAUGGCUAAGGACAAAGGCUCUCCGUCUUUAAAUGACACUGCUAUGAUUACUCUUAAUGUAUUUGACAACCGUCCAUUUGUUCCUCAGUUUAACGAGAGUGAAAUCAGCAUUUCUGUUUCGGAAAACACAGGAGUGGAUUUUUCAAUUUACACUUUUACUGUGGUUGAAACUUUAGGAAAACAGAUUGAUUACACAAUUGUAUCUGGCAAUGAAAAAGGUCAUUUUAGAUUGGAUCCGAAAAGUGGUGAGCUGAGAACAGCAAUUAAUUUGAACUAUGAGGAAGUUUCUCAGUAUGUGAUUUUAGUUGAAGCAAAUGAAAAUCUCUCAUCUGCCACAGAAGUCCAGCGUUCAGGUCUGUUUGCUCAAAACGUGGCAAUGCUGACAAUCUCAGUGCAGGAUGUAAAUGAAGAGCCAGUGUUUUUGAAUAAUACCUACUCUGCUCGGAUACCGAGCUCUGUGCCGUACAAGUACCCGGUUAUUACAGUUCAGGCCACAGAUCCAGAUUCAGGAGACAAUGGACUUCUGCUGUACAGCUUAGUGAAUACUCAAACAACUGAAUUUGACAUCGAUAAAAAUACAGGGCAGAUUUUUACAGUUUCUGUAGCAGAAAAGGCUGGAACAUUUUAUCUGGAAGUCCAAGCUGCAGACCAAGGCACAAGACAACUCACAGCCCGGACCACAGUCAAUGUAAUGGUUGAUUCCAGUUCCAGUAACAACAUUGUGGUGGUGGUACUUAGUCAGAAGAUCAAUGUUGUUGAAAGAAACAUUGCUGAAGUAAAAAGGGUCCUGGAAGAUAAACUCGCAUGGAAUGUAUACAUCGUCGAGGUUUAUUCCAAUGAGUUUGAAAGAAAAGCAAGAAGCAGCACUGAUGUAACCUAUGUAAAAAUUAUUGCUUUUGAUGAGGCAAACCAGGAAGUAUCUGCAGAAGAUGUAAAAAGAAAACUCAGGGAGCAGAAGAGUAACAUUGAGACAGAACUGGAGAAAAUAUUUUCAACGGCUGUUACUGUUGCCAUAGAAGAGGCUCCUGCUGACUCAACAACUCCUGAACUCAUUGCGACUAUCAUCCUCGGUGUUCUGCUAGCCUGCACCCUUGUAGCCUUCCUGGCAUAUGUAAUUUUUAAUAUAAAAUGGAAAAGAAAGUAUAAGCAACAGUAUUUGAUUAAGCAGCGAGCUGCAGUUAUGGAGGGUAUUGAUAAUCCAUGUACAACUGACAGAAAUGGAAGUCUGAAAAGCUUAGAGAAACCAGAGCACACGAAUAAUUUGAAAACUGAAGUAAUGGCACUUAGCAACAUGGAAGACACCAAAGGAGGUGAUGCUGAUGAUGUACUUCAGGCCGACAAAAAAUGGAAUUACCUUGAGACACUAGAUUGCAACAGUGAACAUAAAGAAAAUGUAGCAUCUGAAAAAGCUGCUGAACCUAGAAAUGUAGAUGCCCUGCCCACUGCAGAAUUCACAACAAAACAGGAUUGCUCUCUGACAAAGCACGAGUCAGCUCUUUCCUUAACACCUGAUCCCACAACUGCUGCUCCUGAAAAAGAACUGAAAGGAGUAAAAUUUUCAGAAGUGGCAAUUAUUUUGGAUGCAGAGCCUGAAGAUGAUGAGGCUAAUGAUAAUGAUGUAUAUUUUCAUCAGUAAGAGUGCUUUAUGAAGAAAACUUUUAGGAAAACCACACAGACACUCAUUGGAACAUAACGGAAUUAAAUGAGCAAUAAGAAUAUGGGAAUGCUAUCCAGCUUUUAAUUCCUGCUAUGCCCGUUGUUUGUGCUUUAAGAGACUGGCAAGAAAGAAAAUAAGCAGUGAGCUAGAAGGGCUGCAGAACGGUUGUAAUGCAAGGCUACUUUCCUAGACGCGGUGCUGUAUUACAGCGUAUUUAAUUUCUUAUGGCAUG